AAUUCUCAUAUAAACCAAAUGUCAAAAAGAUGCCACACCCUACCAAUGAAUAAUUAAAUGAAAGUUUUGUACAAUCAUUUUACAAUGCCUUGGAAACAGACACUAUAAAAGCUGGACUUUCCCUGUGUAACUCCACAUUUUCUUCAUCAAUUCCGUCUACCAAACAGCUUCCCUGGAUUAAACGUAAAAGCAGCUGGUACCUCUCAAACGAUGCUGGCACUCAUACUCAUCUGCCUUGCUGCUUCCAAUGGAGUACAGGCUUCACACAAAAUGGCUGAACCAGAUAUGGAUGAAGUGAAUAAGUACAAACCAAAGAUUAAAAAAGUUACUGAAAAUCUCAGUAUGGGCCCAUCAGUACUGGCAGGAAUGAUUUCCCGAGAUUCCCAGGGUGUAAAGCAGUUGGAUGAUGGAUGGAAUAAGGACAAAAGUGGAUAUGGACUUAUGCAGGCUGGCAAACAAAAUGAUCUAGUCGAACCACGGGACAGUGAAGAUCACCUUGAUAAGGCAACAAAAGUUCUCACUGGAAGGAUUCAUGAAAUAAAGAAGAAAUUUCCCUCUUGGACAGCAAAGCAACAACUAAAUGGUGCUGUUGUGAACUACCACAUGGGAACAAACAAUGUCAGUAGGUUUAAUUAUAUAAAUGCUGAUUCUCCAAGAGAUGAUUAUGCUGCUGAUGUUAUUGCUCGUGCUCGGUACUACAAAAGAAAACGCUACUGAAACAUAACAAAUGUGAUUAUUCCUUAGCAUUUUUGUAUUUUAUUUUGCAAGAGAUUAAAUUUUAAAAGCUGGUAUUGCUAAGAAUUAUAGCAAUGAUUUUUACUUUUCCUAGCUUUUGUAGCCUGUUGCCAAUACUGAAUUAAAAAAAUGUUAAAAAAAUAAA